CCAGAUCACUGGGUGGGGGCUCGAGCCGGUUCUUUGUGAGAUUGACCCCAAGAUAUUGAACCCAGCCCUGGUUCCUGCCAGGCCUACCCGGCAGAAGGGCUACAUUUUGGGGGCUCGUCCGGGAUUUACUGGGUCAGUACCCCUCGCAAGCACAUGUUGAGUGAGUUGCUGUUGUGGGAAAUAAUUGUGAUUUGUAUUUGAGGGCAUUACUGUUUGUAUCAUGGCUUGUCUGUCAGGUUUGUUGGGCCCUGGCCCAGAAGCCUCUAGCUCAGAGGCAGCAACCUCAGCAGAUGAUUGGGCAAAAGCCCUGGGGCAAAUCUUGGAGAAAUGUGUGCUAUCCCAUGCUAUGGCAAGCUCCUAUUGUAAGUUAAGAUUAUUCCCUGGGGAAGAGGAGUUUGAACCCUGGCUGGAACACACCACUGAAAUGCUAAACCAGUGGGCUGUGCCAGACAGAGAAAAACAAAGAUGUUUAGUAGACAGUCUCCGGGGCCCAGCUUUAGAUGUGAUUCGCACCUUGAAGCUCACUAACCCUGAGGUCAGUGUAAAGGACUGCCUAGAGGCCCUCACUCACACCUUUGGGAGCAUGGAGGGGCCUGAAGGCAGUUUCUGUAACUUUCUCAAUGCUAAGCAGCACCGGGGAGAGGAGGUCUCAGCCUAUGUACAGAGGUUGGAGAGGUUGCUGCAGAGAGCUGUCAUUAGGGGAGCCGUGACUGCUGAGCAGAUGGACCAGACCAGAUUGGCUCAAAUUGUAAGAGGAACUCCAUAUUACAGCCCGAUUCUACUACACCUCCGGCUAAGAGAACGACUGGAACACCCCCCUGCGUACUCCCAACUGAUAAAGGAGGUCAGAGAGGAGGAAGAAAGGCAGGCUACCAGUGGGCUUUGGGAGGCCCAGAGGCCUAAGCCAACCAGCGCUGCACCCCGACAAACAGCCGGUGUGCUCAUGGUGAACACCAGAGGAGACAUUGCCCAGCAAGUUCAGGUCCUGACAGAACGGAUUGCUGAGUUGCAGAGAUCUGCAGCAGUGUCAAUGGGAGCCUAUUUUGUCACCUUUCUGGAUAGAGGAACAAUGACUCCAUAUAGCAGCCAAAAUCAGUGUGAUAUUAAACUGUGUGGAGCCUAA